AGGUGUUUUGGGGGUGUAGCUGUGGCUCUGCCUUCCUGGGCGCCUAGCCGCGGAGCACCAGCCAGUACAGCAGCAGCUGCAGCCAUAGUUUCUGCGGAGUCAGAGCAGCUGCGCUCGGCGGACAUGUGACCCAGCCCCACAGCCCAUGUGGACCCCCAGAUUUCUCUCGAGGACCAAGGCCGGACGGCCUCGGAGCCCUGCUUCCUGGCUCUGCAGCUGCUACUGCCUUCGCUGCUGCUACUCCUCUACUCCCCACCGGGAUGGGCAGUCUCCUGUAUCUCUCAUGGUUUCCCUAAGCCUACAAAUAUCACCUUCUUAUCCAUCAAUAUGGAGAACAUCCUGCAGUGGAGCCCACCAGAGCAUCUUCAAGAAGUUCAAACUAAUUACACGGUGCAAUAUUUCAUAUAUGGGCAAAAGAAAUGGUUGAAUAUUUCCAAAUGUAGAUAUAUCAAUAGCACCUACUGUGAUCUCUCUGCUGAAACUUCUGACUAUGAACACCAAUAUUAUGGCAGAGUUAAGGCCAUUUCAGGAAAAAAUUGCUCCAAAUGGGCAGAAACAGGACGCUUCUACCCUUUUUUAGAAACACAAAUUGGCCCUCCAAAAGUUGCUCUGACUAAUGAUGAGAAAUCUGUUUCUAUUGUUCUGACUGCUCCAGAGAAGUGGAAGAAAGAUCCAGAAGAAAAUGCUCUUUCCAUGCAACAAAUAUUCUCUAAUCUGAAGUACAAUGUAUCUAUAUAUAAUACAAAGUCAAAUAGAACGUGGUCCCUAUGUGUGAAUAACCACACACUAGUGCUUAGCUGGCUGGAGCCAGGUACACUGUAUUGUGUCCACGUGGAGUCCUAUGUCCCCGGGCACCAUCGCCCUGCUGAACCUUCUGAAACACAGUGUCUCAGGACUUUGAAAGGUAAGCUUAAAAACCUCAGCUGGCCUGAGAAAGGAAAUUGGGUAAAAGUAGGAAGAAGUAUGACAGUAAUUUUGAUUUAUGGAGGUGAACUUGACAAAAGAUUCUUUGUUCCUGCUGAAAAGCUUGUGAUUAACUUUAUCACCCUCAAUAUGUUGGAGGAUUCCAAAAUUUCUCAUAAAGAUGUAUAUGUAAUGGAAAGAAACAAAGACACGUUGGACUUGAAGGACACUGAGUCCAGUGUAGACCGGGAGCCCCCUCUGGAGGAAGUGGAAGUAAAACACUUAGGAUAUGCUUCACUGGUGGAUGUACUUUGUCAGUCUGAGGACAGCACCAGCAGUGCUUCCCUAACCCAACAAGGGUCACUCUACAGUACAAUACCCACAAAUAAAACAGUCGUUGAAUAUGCAUGUGAUAUGAGAACUACUAGCAUAUGUGCAGAGCCUAGAGAUCAAGAGCUCAUUUUACUGGAGGAGGUGCCUAAACAAGGACAAUUAUUUGAGCAACAGGUGACUUUGGCAGACUUGGUUCCACAAACAUUGCCAUAUUCAUGUAUUCCACAGUUCAGAGACUUAGACCCCUUGCCACAGGAGCACAAGGACACAGGAGGGGGACAAGAGGAAGAGCCACUGACUACUCUAGUGGACUGGGACCCCCAGACAGGCAGGCUGUGCUUACCUUCCUUACCUAACUGUGAAUGUGAUGCAGAGGAAUGUGAGCAUCCUGACUACAUGAGGUUCACAAAUCUUCUGUCUAGACUCUACCAGGAGCAGGCUCCAGAUAGGCCACCAGAAGAAAAUGAAACCAAUCUUGUGAAAUUUAUCAAGGACUAGGGAAUAUCUGUGCAUAUGGAUGACUAAAGCUUAAGGUUCUCUUUGCUAGGGAAUGCAAACUUCUGAGUGAUAAUAAUAAAGGAUCUGGGUGGAAGUGUACAUGUUCAUUGUUCUGUUUGCUUUUGGAAAUUCAGUUACCUUUCAGUAAGCAUUUGUAAAGUUGAAUUUAGAAGGUAUGCAGGUGAGUGUUAUGUAUGGAUUCUUUAUUGUUUUCCCCCUUUUUUAAAUCACUAUAUGGGUAAUAGUUAACAGCACAGGUGUUGAUGCCUGGGUAUCAUUUCUCACCUCAGGUCCUUUUCCACCACCGUGCACCAGGGCCCCCAAACUCUAUCCAUCCCUUCUCUUCUACAAAGAUUUUAUGGACACUUUCCAUGUAUAAGGACUAUGGUUAUGAAGAUCAGUUGCCUUAUAAAUAAUAGUUAUUUAAUUUGGUUUAUUAUCAGAACUAUGAAGUAAUUAAAUAUAUGAGUACAGGUGGUAAGUUGUAAAGACCCUAACUCACUACUCAAUCACAGUAGCCCAUAUUGAGAAUGAAUAAAUCAGGCACAGACCUUCAUAACAACACAUAUGUUUGACUACUUUAAGGGACCAUAUAAGUUGUUCAUGAGAAAUUCUGAAUUGCAAGCAUAAGUUGAUAUUAUUUUGUAGUCAAAACUGUCCUCUCAGUAACUUAGUAGGGAAUAACCUGAAAGGAAAUGACAAUGUUUUAUAAUAGAAUACUGCAUUUAUUUCUGGAAAUGUGUUCUUAAAAGACAACCUACAUAGUUUAACCUACAGAGAGUUCAACCACUAAAACACUGUUAUUACUUUGUUAUGUAUUGUAAUUGAUAUUAACAAUGCCUCAAAACUUGUUGUAAUGUGUAUAAGUAAAUAUUCUUUACGUAAUCUUAGAGUCAAUAAAGAAAUAAAGACACUAAAAGAACACAGUUAACUGAAUUUGGAGAAUGUAUUAAAUAUUUGACACAAUUUCCUUGGAAGUUAAAAUGUCUACCAUAAAAGAAGACCAUCCUACAGAUAUUCCAGUAACUAUUACCUUUCCUUCACCAUUCUCUUAGAAAAUUAAAUUUUACAGUGAUGUUGCAUUAAAAGAUGACAGAAUCUAUUAAAUUGAAAUCAUAUAAAUGCUUGACUGUUUUUGAUCUGCAGAAGUAGCAAUUGCAUAUGAUUUACCUUAAUAUGUAUCUGUUUUAAUCACGAACUCAUAAUCCACUGAUGCUCUUUCAGGAAAACAGAUAUUAUCCAUACUUCCUUAUUUAUAUCUCUGGCACAGGCAGACAACACUGGUAGGAGAGAUUGAUUCUGGAGUCAUGGUCUUUUGAAAUUGUCUACAAAUCCAAACAGUUUCUGAUCUAAUGAUUUCAUUUAGAGUAUAAUUAUAUUAACCAGAGUGUUCUGUUCUUUUCAAUCUCUGUAGACAUAAUUCUGCCAUUUUUGAAGAACAAACUUAUAAUACUAACUAUGAAAGAUGCUACAGAGUGAGAAAGAAUAGGUUGUUGUUAGCAAAAUAAUGGUAUUGAUAAGGAUUUGACUUCCUUAUUUCAUUCACAGAACAUUUAUAUAUUAAACAUCCCCUGUGUCCUACUUUGCCUUCCUAUGAUAUAGAGAUAAAAACUCCUUUAGGGUUGUUUUGAAGAGAGAGAGAGAGAGAGAGAAGGAGAGAGAGAAUGAGAGAGAGAGAGAGAGGCUAUGAAUAUAGAAGGCACUUAGAAGAGUACCUGGCACAGAAUAAGUGGUGUGUGAGUCAGGAUUCUUAUGAAUAACAUUUAGGAAACCAAGCAUACCCAUCCAAAAAUAUUUGUUUAUACCUCUGCUCAUAGCAGCACAAUUUGUAAUAGCCACAACCUGGAAGCAAUCCAGGUGUCCAACAAUAGAUAAGUGGCUGAGAAAGUUGUGGUGUAUAUACACAAUGUAGUACUACUCAGCUAUUAAAAAUGGUGAAUUCACCUUUUUCAGUCCAUCUUGGAUAGAACUUGAAGAAAUCAUAUUAAUUGAAAUAACUCAGAAACAGAAAGAUGAAUAUAGGAUGAUCUCACUCAUAGGCAGAAGUUGAAAAACAAGAUCAGAAGAGAAAACACUAAGCAGAACCUGGACUGGAGCUGGUGUAUUGCACCAAAGUAAAAGACUCUGGGAUGAGUCGGGGGAGGGUUCAGGUCCUGGAACACCAUGGCAGAGGAGGAACUAGUGGGGGCUAUAUUGUUAUUUGGAAAACUGGGAAAUACUAUGCAUGUACACACUAUUGUAUAUACUGUCGACUCUAAAACAUUAAUCCCCCAAUAAAGAAAAUUUUUAAAAGAAUAUUUAUGGUAUUUAUCUAGCCCCAGAAAGAGGAGCUAUUCAGAUAUGACAACUUUUCAAAGGCAGAGUUUGCUUCACUUUGUUUUUCUGCCUAAAAGUACAAUAAAAACUUGUUUCUUACCUUU